AACAACAUUGCUGAUUUUUGCAUUAGUUUCGCUGUGAUGUGUCGUGUCUUUGAAAGUCUUUGAAGUCUUUGAAAACUAUAAAAUCUGUAGACCCAUUUCGCACAACUGCUCGGAAUGGAACCAACUGUGGACGAUUUGCUUUCAUUCAAAGAGUUCCCUUUGAUACAGGAAGGCAACUCCAACAGUGCACAGCUAAAUAUCGAUUCGCCGAAAAAGACAUCUCCCAGUCGAGAAUCGGACAACGUAUCCGAAGAGACGGAAACCCCCAAAAGCUCAUCAUUCUUCACAUUCGAGUAUUAUCAGCGGUUUUUCGAUGUUGACACAAUGAUGGUGGUCGACCGCAUAGCCACGUCUAUCAUUCCGAAGCGUGCCCCGACUGACUACCUUAAGCAUAACAUUGGCACCAAUCCCGAUCUCUAUGGCCCCGUGUGGAUUGUGAUAACUUUGAUUUUCUCAAUUGCGAUAUCGGGUAACAUGGCCAGUUACCUUCAGAGCGCCGGGAACCAUCAAUGGCGAUAUGAUUUUCAUUUGGUAUCUGUAUCGGCAACGGUCAUAGUGCUGUACACGUGUUUGGUACCGAUGGCUCUGUGGGCGCUACUGAAAUGGAGUAUUCGGACGGAUGAAAUGGAUCUCGAAGAGCAAGCACCGUACAGUCCGACUAUAUUGUCACUGGUUUGUGUUUAUGGAUAUUCAAUGGCAAUUUACAUUCCGGUCUCUGUUUUGUGGACUAUUCAGAUUCCUCUCUUCCAAUGGCUUCUGGUGGCAACCGGAACGUUCUUGUCCGGAUUUGCUCUCGUUUGUAUUCUAAUGCCAGCCCUGAAGACGUCGAAAUAUUCAUUUUUAAUUACGCCCACCAUUGGAUUAGUCCACUUUGUGCUGGCAUCCGGAUUUAUGCUGGCCUAUUUCCGCCCAUCGGAUUCACACGAGGAACCGGUUUCGAAGUUGGUGGAACAGGUGAAGACAACGGUGGCGACAAUCGUUGCCCACAAAAAUGUAACACAAUAGAAGGAAAUUCGGCAUUAUAUUUAAUUUAUGUUCCUAAGUCAUUGUAGUGGAAUCAAUAUGUGUUUAUUGUAUUUUAUUGUUCAUUUAACAAUGAUUUCAAUAAUUUUUCUGUAAAAAUAGAAUUAUCAUAAGCUUCUUGAGCACUAAUAAACAACAAUUGAAAUCAUUAUAAAAAAA